AUGCAAGCCUUGCAGGUUAAAGAGGCUGCAACGCAGACGCUAGCCCGGGUACAUCAGAAGCCCAUAGACACUAAUGGCCAUGAUGCUUCCAUUGCCUUGAGCUCAAUGGCGCUCGGCUCCUCAAGCCAAACGUCUCCACAGGGCAAGAGUCACCACAAAGCGGGUGCUGACAAACCUUACCGCGGCGGCAGUACCGACACCCUGUUGGGAGUUGCGGCGGAGUCACAGGGGUCUAGGAGGCCAUCGGUGAGGUUGGACUCACCUUCACCUUCAGCUUCACCGUCCCCUCCCUCUGGGUCUGGGAGUGACCGUGCCAAGGGCAGCCGCGGCACCAAGAGCGACAAAGCCGUAGCGCUGACAGCGCAAGAGCAUCAGCCGAAAGGUUCAUACUUGGAGGUAGUUACCGUAUAA